CACAAUUACGUGUUUGGUCAGGGAAUGCGCAUGCCUUUGAGAAAAGAAUAUGGCGAUCAUUUAUUGAGUUUUACAAUUGAAAAGAAAGUUUCUUUCAAUUUUUUGGUUCAAUUUUAAUUUUUUAAAAUUUGAUGUCCCUAAUAUUUGGAAAACAUUGUAGGUUCAAUGUAAGAUUGUUUCUUCGAACAAUGGUCAAUUCAGGAGAAGAGAAACCAACAGAAUUGUCAAUAAGGAAAAAAUUACAAGAUGCUUUAAAUCCAAAACACUUGGAAAUUUUAAAUGAAUCUUAUAUGCAUAAUGUACCAAAAGGAUCGGAAACUCAUUUCAAAGUUUUAGUUGUGUCUGAUAAAUUCAAUGAUCAAACUUUAAUUAAGCGCCACAGGACGGUAAACGAUAUUUUAAAAGAAGAACUUGCAAGUGGAGUUCAUGCAUUAUCAAUCGUGGCAAAAACUCCAGACCAAUGGGAAGAUAAUGCGAAGACAAUUUCGCCUAGUCCACAAUGUAGAGGCGGUUUUGGAAAAUAAAUUCAAUGCAGAUAAUAUGAAAUAAUUUACUUUCUUCGAAUAUGAAAAUUUUCAAGUCAUCUCCUUCUAUCAGUUAGAAUUAAUCCAGACAAAAAAAAAUGUCAUUUUUAAAUUUACGUUUAGAAAAAUAUGAAGCUAAAUUUAUAUCAAUUCAAAAAAAUAGACUAAAUUAAGAAUUAAUUUCAUUCUAGAAAAAAUUGAAUGACAAUUCUUUAAUCAAUUGUCACUAAAUUAAUAAAAAGUAUCCAAACAAAAAAGAUGCA